GGGUCCCCCGCCGCGGGCAGGUGAGUAUCGGUUUUCCUCUCGGCUUUCGGUCGGGAGGAGGUGGGAGCAGCUUCCCCUCCCCUGAUCCUAUCGCAGGCGGCGCAGGGCUGGCCGGGCCAUUCGUGGGACUGGAGAGGGUGGGAGGCGGGAUGUGUCACCCAAAUACCAGCGGGUAAGUCGGCGGCGGAACCAGCCGGGCAGGUCCUGCCGAGUAUAAGAGCGGGAGGGAGCGGCCGGGUGGCAGAGCCCGCAGACUUUCCCGGACGCCGGAGCCCCGCCGCAUCCCGCGCCCCGUCCGCCCGCCGCGUCCGGUCAGCGCUACCUUCUCCUUCGCCCCGCCAUGGCCCGGGGUCCGGGGCUCGCGGCCCCGCUGCUGCUGCUGGUGCUGGUCGCGGCGACCCGCCACGCGGCCGCGCAGGACAACUGCACGUGUCCCACCAACAAGAUGACGGUGUGCAGCCCCGACGGCCCGGGCGGCCGCUGCCGGUGCCGCGCGCUGGGCUCCGGGGUGGAGGUCGACUGCUCCACGCUGACCUCCAAGUGCCUGCUGCUCAAGGCGCGCAUGAGCCGCCCCCGGGACGGCCGCGGGCUGGUGAAGCCGAGCGAGCACGCGCUGGUGGACAACGACGGGCUCUACGACCCCGACUGCGACCCCCAGGGGCGCUUCAAGGCGCGCCAGUGCAACCAGACGUCGGUGUGCUGGUGCGUGAACUCGGUGGGCGUGCGCCGCACCGACAAGGGCGACCUGAGCCUGCGCUGCGACGAGCUGGUGCGCACGCACCACAUCCUCAUCGACCUGCGCCACCGCGCGGCCGCGCGCGCCUUCAACCACUCCGACCUGGACGCCGAGCUGCGCAGGCUCUUCCGCGAGCGCUACCGGCUGCAGCCCCGCUUCGUGGCGGCCGUGCACUACGAGCACCCCACCAUCCAGAUCGAGCUGCGGCAGAAUGCGUCGCAGAAGGGCCCCGGCGACGUGGACAUCGCCGACGCCGCCUACUACUUCGAGAGGGACGUCAAGGGCGAGUCGCUGUUCCACGGCCGCCGCGGCCUGGACUUGAGCGUGCGCGGCGAGCCCCUGGAGGUGGAGCGGACGCUCAUCUACUACCUGGACGAGAAGCCCCCGCAGUUCUCCAUGAAGCGCCUCACCGCCGGCCUCAUCGCCGUCAUCGUGGUGGUCGUGCUGGCCGUGGUCGCCGGCGUGGUGGUCCUGGUCAUCUCCAACCGGAGGAAGUCGGGGAAGUACAAGAAGGUGGAGAUUAAGGAACUGGGGGAGUUGAGAAAGGAACCGAGCUUGUAGGUACCGGGCGGGCAGUGAAUGGGGUGGGAUACCGGAUCCUCGCAUCUUCCAGACCUGGCCUACAGGGGCCAUUUCUCCCAUGCGCCUGCCUUCCCCCUGCACCCCCUUUGCGCACACACCAAGUUUAAUAGAUCCUGGUCUCAGGGUCGCCUCUCUUUCUGACCUCUGUCUUGAAGGAAGCAUUUCUAAAAUUCCUUCCUUUUCGGUCCAACGAGAAACCUGACGGGGCGCGUUAAGGCAAGGAUGGCCCAGCGUUCUGUGUGAAGAAGCAGGUGUCUGUGUGACAGCCGAGCAUGCUUUGCAAGUGAGGGAACAGAGUUUGAAGGCCUAGGUGAGUUUAGAUGGGAGAAAGCGCUCUUACUGUUACUCGAUGAACUCCAGUUACAUCACGGCCCUUCUAAUGAGGAGUUCGUUACCUGGGCCUCGCUACUGUCCUCAUUUACCAUCGUUUGCGUUACUGACCCCAUACACUUGUCACCAGGAAAGAAGCCUGUUUCAGCUGCCCAACACAGUUUAUUUUUUAUUUAUUUGUUAAUUUUUUUUAUUGUUUGGGAUUCAUUGAGGGCACAAAGAAUUAGGUCACACUGAUGGCAUCUGUUACAUAAAGUCCCUCUGAUCAAAACACGUUUUAGAUGGCUUUGUUUAAGGACGCUAUCCCAGAAAGUCAAUGUCUGUCCUUCAGCUUGUCCUCUCCACAGCCGGUGUUAGCCAUGUUUUCUUUUGUAAAAUGUUUGUACAUAUGUUGUCUUUGUGAUUUUUUUUAAAAAAACAUACGUUUAAUAAAAUAUGGGAAAGGCACAAACCAAAA